AGACAACAAUCGCAGCAGUCGCUGACAAGUAAGCUUUGCAGCUGUCACCGCAAUAACCUCUUCCAAACAAACGCGAAAAUGUCCCAGAAAUUAAAAAAAGUGUGCAUAGUAGGCAGCGGCAACUGGGGCUCUGCCAUUGCAAAGAUCGUCGGGAACAAUGCCCUCCGUUUACCCAACUUCGAUGACAAAGUUACCAUGUAUGUGUACGAAGAGAUCAUCAAUGGGAAGAAGCUCACAGAUAUCAUCAAUGACACUCACGAAAACGUCAAGUACCUCCCUGGGCAUAAAUUACCAGCUAAUGUGGUGGCUAUAGCGGAUGUCGUGGAUGCCGCCAAGGAUGCAGAUAUAUUGAUUUUUGUGUUGCCCCAUCAGUUCAUACGAACUAUUUGCUCGACACUACUGGGGAAGAUUAAGCCCACUGCAAUAGCUUUAUCUUUGAUAAAGGGUUUCGAUAGGGCCGACGGGGGCGGCAUCGACUUAAUCUCCCACAUAAUCACCCGCCAUCUGCGCAUCCCUUGCUCAGUUUUAAUGGGCGCCAAUCUCGCCGGAGAAGUCGCAAGCGAGAACUUCUGCGAAACCACCAUCGGUUGCCGGGACACAAAACAGGGACCCCUCCUCCGGGACAUAAUCCAAACCGACUAUUUCAGGGUGGUGGUGGUCGACGACGAAGACACCGUCGAAAUCUGUGGCGCCCUCAAAAAUAUUGUGGCUUGUGGGGCAGGCUUCGUAGACGGUUUAGGACUUGGCGAUAACACAAAAGCUGCCGUUAUCCGACUAGGGCUCAUGGAGAUGAUUAAAUUUGUGGAUGUUUUCUAUCCAGGUGGUAAACUAUCCACGUUCUUUGAAAGCUGCGGCGUGGCCGAUUUAAUCACGACGUGUUACGGGGGCAGAAAUCGGAAAGUGAGCGAAGCGUUUGCGAAAACCGGAAAAUCGAUCAAGGAGUUGGAAGAUGAGAUGCUGAACGGGCAGAAAUUGCAAGGGCCGUUCACGGCGGAGGAGGUCAACUACAUGUUGAAGCACAAGGGCAUGGAAGAAAAGUUUCCUCUGUUUACCGCCAUCCACGAGAUCUGCACAGGACAGAAAGCAGUGACUGAGUUUAUCCAAUGCAUCAAACACCAUCCAGAGCACAUGGUCAAACAGUCACAACCUGAGUAAACCAUUAAGUGUUCAACAGAAUUUAAUGAUCAUCUGUUCGUAGUAUGAGUAGAAUCCAAGUAUAAAUGGGUGUUAAUUGAGAACCAUGACUGUAAAAACAACGUAUACUGUGUCUACGUUCAUGUGAUGGUAGAUGUCGCUGUAUAUACAGCGGACUCAGUUUUUUGUAGAAGUAUAUAAAACGUUAUGACA